AGCGAACGACGAGCGGCGUGGAACGUGCAAGUAACGAGUCGCCUCGCGUUGCGUCGCGUCGCGUAGCCGCCUCGCGUUGCGUCGCGUAGCGUAGCGUAGCGUCCCUCCGCCCGCCCAUUGUCCUGCCAGCAGAGCCGCUGCUACCAGUUAGCAAGCGCGUUAGCAUCAUCAGCUGGGGAAACUGGACCUUGCUCCUUCGGCGUUCCAUUCGGGACGCAAGCACAGACUGUUGGCUUGCAGGCAGGCAAGCAGGCGGGCAGGAAGGAAGGAAGGCAGACGUUGGCGUCGUUCGCUCUGUCCGUCCGUCCCUCCGUCCGUCGAUGGCGUUGUGGAAUCAUGCCGUUGUGUGAGCAAACGCCGAUGCAAAGGCAGCAAUGCAGCUAGAUGGCAAGAGGGAGGAGAAAGACGGGCGGCGGCAGCAGCAGCAGCAGCAGCAACAACGUGUAGGGUGGAUGGAUGAAUGCAGUUUGAUGUGCCCGAGCAUGCACGUUUAGCACCAAUGGAGAAGAGGGACAGAAAGCCGGGAUAUUUUGCCAGGCUGAAGAGGCGGCGACAGCUCAAGCAGAGCCAAUCGGAGAAAAGCGCCAGCGAGCACAUCGGCUGUCCGGACACCCCAAACGACAGCGAAGUCCCCAAGAAGGCCACUUUGCCCAGAACAGCCGGCGGCAAAACUCCCAGCAGCCCAGCCGACGGCUCUAAAAGUAAUAAACCGGCAAAGAAGGAGAAGAGGAGGCCACCUGGGACGGUGGACUUUAUUGUGGGACCGAACGAUUCCCUCAACAGCAUCGCCCUCAACUUCAACAUCACCCCAAACAAGCUGGUCCAACUCAACAAGCUCUUCUGCCACAGCGUCUACCCUGGUCAGAAGCUGUUUGUCCCCGACGUGAGCCGGACGGAAGUAAAGGCUGAGGAUGACUCGGACCCGUUACUUACAAACGGGUCCUCGGCGGUGACGAGUCCCGAAGACGGUCCAAACUGCAGGCCAGCGCGGUCCCUCCGACGCCAGCUCUCCCCAAAUUCCGAGGACGAGAGCCCGGCCACGGUUAAAUUCAUCAAGAUGAGCUGCAAGUACUUCACUGAUGGGAUGGGCGUGGUGGGCGGCGUCCUGAUCGUCACGCCCAACAACAUCAUGUUUGACCCCCACAAGUCGGACCCGCUGGUCAUCGAGCACGGCUGCGAGGAGUACGGUCUCAUCUGCCCCAUGGAGGAGAUGGUCUCCGUGGCGCUCUACGACGACGUGUCGCGCAUGAAGCUGAAAGACGCGCUGCCGUCCGACCUAGCCCAGGAUCUGUGUCCUGUCUACAGGCCCGGCGAGUGGGAGCGCUUGCCCUCCGAGCAGGACCUGAACCCCUUCAGUCGCUACAAAGCGCUGGACGCCAAGCAGCCCAUCAUCCUGGACGACCUGGAGUCGGCCCUCUUGGACGCAGUCGGCACGGAGCAAGGAGAGCAAACGGACAAGUCUCCCUCGGAUGAAGGCUUCACCGAGCUGGAGCCCGUGGAAGAAGCGUCCGGCGCCGUCCAAAGACGGAAAGGGGAAGCCGACGACGACGAGGAGGACGAAGGCUUAGCACGGAACAGCUCCGUCGAAGACGCCGAGUCCGUCCGGUCGGAGGCGGGGCGGACGCGCGGGAACCCGAGCGCCCGAGAGGCCUCGUCAAACGUUCCGGCGCUCCAAACGUGCGCGGAGGAGUCGAGCGAGAAGGCGACGGCCGAUGUCGCCGACAAUCCCCAGAAAGCCCGGCGGCUCGGCCAGGAGGACGGACGGAGGGAGAGCGACGCCGACGUCAAGACCUGGCUGAUGGAGAGGAUUCAGGCGCCCAUUGAAGACAUGCUUUUGUCCUCCGAGGAGAAGAGCAAGAGCCCGCCCAUGUUCCUGUGCUUCAAAGUGGGCACGCCAAUGCGCAAGUCCUUCGCCACCGGGAUGACGUCCAGCCCGGCGCACUCCUUCGGAAGCUCGGCAAAGAAACCCGAGUACUGGUUUGCUGUGCCGCAGGAGAGAGUGGACCACCUGUACGCCUUUUUCGUCCAGUGGUCUCCAGACGUGUACGGCAAAGAGGCCAGGGAGCAAGGCUUCGUGGUGGUGGAGAAGGACGAGCUGGACAUGAUCGACAACUUCUUCGGCGACCCCGCCUCCUGCAGCUGGGAGAUCAUCACCAUCGACGAGGCCAAGCGGAGGCAGAGUCUGGGCAGCUGCGACGGCGAGCUGCCGGUGGACGGGCUGCCGCUGCUGAGCGACGCCAGCCAUUUGCUGCAGGACACGCACGUGGAGAAGCUGGCCUGCCGCUUGCCGGCCCGCGUGCAGGGCUACGUGUGGCGGCUGGCCUACAGCACGGUCAAACACGGCACCAGCCUCAAGACGCUCUACCGGAACCUACUCAACGUGGACAGUCCGGUUCUGCUGGUCAUCAAAGAUGCGGAUAACCGGAUCUUUGGAGCAUUCUCCACUCAUCCCUUCCGAAUAAGCGAGCACUGUUAUGGCACCGGCGAGACCUUCCUCUACAGCUUCUGCCCCGAGAUCAAGGUGUACCGCUGGACGGGAGACAACUCCUACUUUGUCAAAGGCAAUAUUGACUCGCUGCAGAUGGGAGGAGGCGGCGGUCAACUGGGUCUGUGGCUGGACGCCAGCUUGUACCGCGGCACCACGACAAAGUGCGCCACCUUCAACAACCAGCCGCUCUCCAGCCGGCAGGACUUCAACAUUCACACCCUGGAGGUGUGGAGCUUCGAGUAGCUCCUCCCCGCCAUCGCGUGCGCCUCAAGGAGGAACACGUAGAGCUUGUAAGAACAAGGUGGCCACCCCCAUGGCUUUAGGUUCAACCGGUGUUUCCCGACCUCGAUCAUCGUUAAAAUGAGAAUUGUGCUGAGCGUGGUUGUCAAUCACCGGGUUAAACCACCGCCAUUGUAUGAAUGUACAAACCCAAAAUGGAAGGCGAGAUUUGCCAUUGGAAUUCCGGAAUAUUUCCUUACAAAUUCUGCAUAAUCUGACUGAGCGAGCCUGUUAAAUUACAUUUCCUCGUCAACGUGACCGCAAAGUGUUCCGCAAUUUCAUUUGCUGACCAAAUACUCAAAGUGUUUUCAGUUGUGUUUUACGUUGUGUUGGUUCUAUUUCUACGAGCAAGGCUAUUUUUUGGACGCUUUUAUAGAGAUAAUGUGCUUUUCAGUAUGUAUACAGCACUGUAAAUAUUGUGACGCAAGCCGACAAGCACUAUGGUCCCACUGACCCGCCCCCGUUUACGGACGUCAGAGGCGUUUUGAAGCCCGAAGACAAUAAUGCUUUGCACUAGAGGAUUAAAAGGCAUGUGAAGUGCGUCCUUAAAUUAGGACUGAGUGUUGUCCCCACACCACUACAAAAAGGGAUCCCCCCCCCCAUCCCGUUCGGGGUUGUCGCUGCACUCUUUACAUACCACUAACUGCAUCAAGACAUAAUUGCGUCAAUGCACCUGGAUCUGACACUGCUUUGGAAGUGCAUGGAUAUAUUGUGCGAUCAUCAGUACUGGGCCAUAGCCAUGCCAGUUGUGUAAAACGAGCUGUGAUGUUCUCCUUGUUACUGUGAAUGCUCUUUGAGUAUUCUCGUUGCUUGUGAAUCCCCAAACUGCUGUCUUGUGCGAGUGAGUGAGUGAGUGAGUGAGUGAGUGAGGCUCUAUUUAUUGUGGUGGUGGUGUUGCAACUCCAUUUAAAAGGAAUAAAUGUUGCAUACAUAUGUCAAUGUUCAAA